AUGUCUGCUAAUCUAUCUAUCUAUCUAUCUAUCUAUCUAUCUAUCUAUCUAUCUAUCCCAGUCUCCUCUUCUAUCUAUCUAUCUAUCUAUCUAUCUAUCUAUCUAUCUAUCUAUCUAUCCCAGUUUCCUCAUGUAGUCAUCUAUCUAUCUAUCUAUCUAUCUAUCUAUCUAUCUAUCUAUCUAUCUAUCUAUCCCAGUUUCCUCAAAAUUCUCAUUUCUUUCUUUUUCUUUCUCGUUAUUCUUCCUUUUAUAUUUUUUUCUCUUUUUAAUUUUUUUCAUUCGUUACGUUUUAUUUUUCUCCUGUAUGUUCUUUCUUUCUUUCUUUCUUUCUUUCUUUCUUUCUUUCUCUUGCCACCUUGCUAUCAUCUUUCUUUCUUUCUUUCUUUCUUUUCUUUCUUUCUUUCUUUUUUUUUGAUUAAGGCUUUUUUUUUCCCUGUGUUCUUUGUUUCUUUUUUUUUUUUUCUUUCUUUCUUUCUUUUUUUUUCAUUUUUAUUUGGGCUUUUUAUUUCUUCUGCUGUGUGCUUCCUUUCUUUCUUUCUUUCUUUCUUUCUUUUGAUUAAGGUUUUAUUUUUUCUCCUGUGUGCUUUCUUUCUUUCUUUCUUUCUUUCUUUCUUUCUUUCUUUCUUUCUUUUGUUUGAGGUUUUAUUUUUUUCUCCUGUGUGUUUUUAUCCUGUCUUUCAUUUUUUCUUUCUUUUUUCUUUCUUCCUUUCCCUAUAUAUUUUCUUUCUCUCCUGUGUACUCUUCUUUCUUUCUUUUUGUCUUUCUUUAUUCUUUCUUUCUUUCUUUCUUUCUUUCUUUCUUUCUUUCUUUCUUUCUUUUCUAUUAAUGCGAAGUUUCUGUUCAUUGCUUUUAUUUAUAAUUUUUCUUUCUUUUAUUCUUUCAAUUAAUUUUUUUCGUUCAAUUUCUUUCUUUCUUUCGUUCAAUUUCUUUCUUUCUUUCUUUCUUUCUUUCUUUCUUUCUUUCUUUCAAGUAUUCCCUUUUUUCUACGUGUUCUUUUUCUUUCAUUAA